AUCUUCUGACAACAGGCCUUGAAGCGAGCCAAGAAGACAAUUUCAAUCGAAUAGAAAUUGUUGAAACAUUCCGGUUGUCAUUUAAUCUCUAUUCCCGGGACAUCGGCUUUCAGUUAUAGUCUAGCUCCGACCUUGCCAGGUUUGACAUAUAAAGACUCGAUGCAAUUAUAACCUGCUUCAACGACUCAAUCUUCCAUCACAACAGCAAUCCAAAGCGAAAAGAAGAAGAAGAAGAAAACAUUGCAUUUGCCAACAAAAGAAUUUCGCCAUGAACGCACGGUGUCAAUGCGGCGCCGUCUCGUUCAAGACGCCGCUGCCAGAGCCUCUCGCGCUGUAUAUAUGCCAUUGCUCCGAGUGCAAGAAACAGACGGGUUCGGCGUUUGGGACGUCGGCCAUUUUCCCGCGAUUCAAGCUCCCCGAGACGGAGAACUUGAACUGCUAUGCACGGCCGACAGCUUCAGGGGAGACGCUUUACUGCUAUUUCUGCCGUGUUUGCGGAACGCGACUCAUUCACUUGGCACAGUCACAAAAUGUCCUCUCUGUCAAAGGCGGCUGCAUUGAGGGUCUAGAUUGGUCCAAGGCCAUCCACAUCUGGACUAAAAGUGCCAUGGUGCCUAUUCCAGAGGGAUCAGAGGCAUACUCGGAGCGAUCGAGCAGCGCCGAAUUUGGCCAGACCCAAGAGCUGCUAGAUUAGCUCUCGUCAUACUAUUCACUUGCUUACUUCCUUUUGUCUAUAAUUUUCUUUCUUAUCUUCCUAUUGCGCAGUCUAAGAGAUGAGAAAGCCUUUCAUAUGAGAUCAAGAUAAUGUCGAUUGCACGGGUGCUGGAAACUGUGGUGCGGGCGAAUAGAACAAGCAUAUACAUAUAUAUACCAAGAGUGGAUUUCAUUUUAUUUACGUAGUAGAUUACUACUCUAUUAAGUGCUCAUCGCCGCUC